AUUAAAAAAAUAUAUAAAAAGUAGUAAAUUCAAUUUAUAAUAAAAUUUGUUGUUUCUAUAUAAAUCAUAAUAUAUAGUAUUUAUAAUUACAUUAAAAAUGGUUAUAUUAAGGAAUUAUAAUUUAAAGGAAAGAAUGAAAUUCUUUGUUGUUUUAAAAAUAGUUACAUUUAUUUUUUUAAUAUGCAUAUGGAAUCCGAAUUAUGAUAUUUACAAUCCUGUUAAAUUGUGUGAAAAGAAAUAUAAGCAAGAUGGAAACUUAAUUAUGUAUUUUAAUAGAUUGUUGGCAAAACAUGAAUUACGUAAAGAAUCAAAAUACACAAACGUGAGAGAUAAAAUAUCAGAUAAUACUAUGCAUAAUAGAAAAAAGAAGUUAGCAGAUCAUUAUUCCACAUAUUCUCAACUAAAAAGGAAAGAAUCCAAUAAUUUAGACGUUUACAUGAAAGAUUAUAAGCGUAGAUACAGGAAAAAGAAUGGGUUAUUAAAAUUAGACUGUUAUUGUGAGAAAAGAGUAUUCGAUAGUAUUCAUAGUAUAAAUGAAAUUGCACACAAAUAUCAGAAUGAUAAAAAGGGAUUUAAAAAAAUUUUAUUUAAAAAAUAUGGUAUAUUUCUUAUUUUAUUAGCAUUAUAUCCUGCGAUUGGAUUGGCAUUUCCUAUAUUAUUCGGAACUAAGAAUGGAUUGAGAGGUAUAUAUACGGUAUGCACUGAUAGUACACAUAAAAGUAAUACACAUGAUAGUAAAUGUCCUGAUUUGCAUCUUGAUGAUUGGAAAACAGCAGUAGACUAUAUGGGACUAUAUCUUAAAAUAUUUUCUUUUGCAAUGAUUAGUAUAAUUUUAUUGUUUUUUAUUUAUAUCUUGAUUAAAGUUAUAAAAUAUGAAAAAAUAAAAGCAGGAAAGAUUAAAAUGAAUAUAAAUGAUUAUUAUCAUUUGUGUAAAGACAUUUUCUAA